AUGACGCCAUUAUUGCCUAUACAUAUUGCAUGGGUAUUAGUGCUCUUGCUUUUGGCCUAUUUCCGGACUGGAGCCGGUCCGAAACCUCACCAGCUUCCGAUAGUCGUCAAUGUCGCCAGGCAGUUACAAUUGUUGAUCAAUGUGGAUGAGAAAGAGCAAAUUAUGCACACCAACGUCUGGGUGACGAUGGUAUCCUUCAUGUGCAACGUGGUAAUCGAAAAUAACGGCUCGAUGUUGUGGGUGCCGCCAGCCAUCUACAAGAGCUCCUGUGGUAUAGACGUCGAAUACUUCCCCUUCGACGAACAGAUCUGCUACAUGCGCUUCGGGUCUUGGACGUACAAUGCUCAAGAGGUCGUGCUCGAUUUUGUCUCCAUCCCUGGGGCUGAUCUCUCAGGUUUUUUGAACUUUUUCGGGUUUUUGAGCUUGAAAUCAAGUGUACCUCCAACUCGUCCAUCUGGGACAUUGCUGGAUGCGCCAGCCACUCUCGUGAAAAAUCGUAGUCAGAUCGAGUUCCAGAUCCGGAUACGAAGAAAAACCCUCUUCUACACUGUGGUGCUGAUCAUCCCCACGGUCCUGAUGGCCUUCCUGUCGAUGGCCGUCUUCUUCUUGCCAACUGAUUCAACCGAAAAGAUGACGUUGACCAUCUCCGUGCUGCUGUCCAUCGUCGUGUUCCUGUUGCUCGUCUCCAAGAUUUUGCCACCGACCUCCAGCACGAUCCCGUUGAUGGCGAAAUACCUCCUGCUCACCUUUGUCCUGAACGUCAUCACCAUUUUGGUGACGGUGAUCAUCAUCAACGUGUAUUUCCGGGGCCCUCACACCCAUCGGAUGCCGUUUUGGGUCCGCUGGUUCUUCAUGGAGAUUCUACCCCACUUCAUCUGCAUGAAGCCACCGAAGACGUUGAAAAAGCGUGAGAAGAAAACCAAGUUCAACACAGCCCUCGCCGGUAUCGGGCAGUUCACGAUGAACACAGCCGCCCACCAUCCGUACUGUGCGAACGCCAGUUUGAGCACUCGCAUCCUCGCCACCACCAACGACGCGAUUCCGCGGGACCCGCAAACGGCGAUGUUCUACCCCCUGACGCCGGAGGCGAUUAAGGCGAUCGACGCCAUCGACGAUCGUUCUGGACCGGUUGAUGCUGUACAUAUUUUUGGGAUCACCUUCGGCGGGACGAUCGGCAUCCUGUUUUCGGCGCCCAACGUCUUUGACGUGGUUAACCAGCAGGCCGUUGUCGCGCGCUAUAACCCGAACAACUACAAGGACCGAUCGUUUGUA